AUUUUGACGUUGGUCACUUGUUGAGCGCAGCGCACACACCGGAGGAAACCCCGCAGAAAUAAUCUCAUUUUACAAAGGCUAGACUGUCUUCAGUGAGGGCCCUAUUUUAUGUCAGUUAUCACCAGAAAUAUUGACAUUCAACGGGACUGUUUGAUUUUUCCUUGAGUGCUUAUUUUCUUAAAAGAAACGCCCAGACAGGCUGCACUGUCUAGACUGAAAACAUUUUAAGGGCGCGCAUCACAAGUAGUUAUCAUGUCUGACGAAGAGGCUCCAACUCUGCAGCAACAACCUGAGCAGGAGAAGAAGCCCGACGAGCCUCCGCCGGCCGCUUCAGAAGCACCGCAGGAGUCCAGCCCUGCAGCCGAGGAGAAGACUCUCUCCAUCCGGGCUCUGGUGCUGACGGGGUACGGAGGCUACGAUAAAGUCAAGCUGCAGGUGAAGACGCAGAAGCAGCCGCAGCUGGAGGCAGGAGAAGUGCUGGUGCGCGUGAAGGCGUGCGGGCUGAACUUCGCCGAGCUGCUGGGCAAACAGGGGCUGUACGAGCUGCUGCCCGCCCCGCCUGUCACUCUGGGAAUGGAGGGCUCCGGGGUCAUUGAAGCAAUCGGGGGGGAUGUGAAAGACAGGAAGGUGGGGGAUCGAGUCAUCGUGUUGAUCCGCAGUGGCAUGUGGCAGGAAGUGGUUGUUGUGGCCGCCUUAAACACCUUCCCCAUGCCUGAGCAGAUGAGCUUUGAGGAAGGUGCUGCUCUCCCCAUUAACUACCUAACCGCCUACAUGAUGCUGUUUGAGAUGGCCAACGUGAGGCCAGGCAAGAGUGUUCUCGUCCACAUGGCGGCAGGAGGUGUUGGUGUCGCUGUUACCCAGCUGUGUCAGACCGUGUCAGAUGUGACUGUUUUUGGCACGGCAUCAGCCUCCAAACAUGAGACCAUUGCCCAAGGCGGGGUAACUCACCCCAUCGACUACCGCACCAAAGACUAUGUGGAGGAAAUCCGCAAAAUCAGCCCGAAGGGAGUGGACAUCGUCCUCGACCCACUCGGUGGUUCAGACACCCAGAAAGGCUUUAAUUUGUUGAAACCUUUGGGCAUGAUUAUAGUCUUUGGCGCGGCCAAUUGUGUGACAGGCCAGAAGAAGAACCUGUUGGCCAUGGCGAAGACCUGGUACAACCAGCUCUCUCUCAGCAUGCUCAAACUGAUGCAGACCAACAAGGGCGUCUGCGGCUUCCACCUGGGCUACAUCCCUGAUGAGCAGCUCGUCAGCAGGACUAUGCUCAAGCUGCUGGAGCUCUACGGGCAGGAGAUCAAGCCCCGCAUUGACUCGUGCUAUCACUUUGAAGAGGUGACUGACGCCAUGAAGCGCAUGCACGAACGCCAAAACAUCGGGAAAGUCAUCCUUCUUCCUGAAGCGAAGAAGGAGGAAGAGAAGCCAAAGUCCAACCCUGAGCCGGUGGAAAACGUGGAAAAAACUGAAGCUGCCGUCGACGUGAAGAAGGAAGAGACCACAGAGGAAGUCAAAGCCGAGGAUUGAGUAAGAGUGUUUAUUCGAAUGAUAUUUUCAAGCACUUCCUGAACGAGUUCCCUAUUGUUCACUUGUCAAAGAGAGAAGAAGAAAAAAACAAGAUGCCAUGAAUUCUUUGACUUUGUCAUGUUCUCAAAUGUGUAAUAAGAUUUGUCGUGCAAUAUGUCUAUAGUGUAGUAUCUAUGUUGGAAAAACUUGUGUUUGAAUAAAAACUAACUGUUAUUUGACAUGACGUGAGGAAUAAUGUAUUCUGAUUACAGAUGUUUGUUAAAAAUGACAAAAUGAUGUCCACAUGACAACCACUCGGCAACAGCGGAAACAAAAUAUUUGUAAACAAACAUGAAACUUCUAAGAAAUAAUCCCAAAAAUGUCUCUAUACAUUGAGUUAUGAGUAGAAAAUGUCAAAAGUAAAAGUCCGCUUUGUAUCAAUCAGUCAAAUCAGGAUUCAGAUUACCCAUAAUGCACUGCAGCCGACAUUAUAUACUACAUUGCAGCAUGCGAGUGGAAACACAGCUAUUUGUAUAUUGCUCAUACAAAUCUUAAAUGAGGUAAAGAAGGAUAUAGUAACCAUUUUAAAUGACAACCAAACGAGUAUUACUAUUUAAUUAUACGCUUAAUUGUGUAGCAAAGAUCUUAAUUAAUUUGGGAUCCAAUGCAAGACACGUAUUCUUAACUGUAAGAAGAAAAAGCGUCUUCUGCAUACUAACCAAACUUCAAAUCUGGCAACGUAAUUUGAAUGUAAUCAGAAUAUAUUACUGAGUUUUGGUGAUUUCUUGGAUCCUUUUACAGAUUAUUAAUUUGAAGAAAUUAGUAAUUUUACUCAAACUUGCCAACUAAAGCCUGUCCGUAUCAGUAAACACUAGUGUAAGACUUGUUGGGAAUCGUUAGCGUUGAUGAAUGUUGUAAGACGAUAGUGUUUCUUUGGAAAGUCCAGGUCAAUAUUGUAUUGUAGUUUUAACUUGUUGUAUUUUCUCACAUAUUUGUGUCGACUUUAAAGCCAGCUUUCGCCACUGCCGUCGAGCCAACUGAAUAACAAUUAGCGGGACUUCCUUGCCUCUCGUCGCCUGGGUGUUUUCUUCCAAACAAUGUCCUGCUGAACUUCAGAUAAAACAGUUUGGCAAGCCGUGUUGAAGAAGGGUUUUCUCACCUUGAUUGAUUUAGCUGAUUUCUUAAAUCCUGCGUUGCCCCUAAAAAAAUAUAUAUACACACACAAAAAGUUAUGAAGAAAAACUGUGAUGAUUGUUUGCCAGUAUGUCUGUGCUCUAUACGUAAUCAUUUAGCUCCUGCAGUAUAGUGAUGGAUUAUAAAGUUUCAAUUUUCUUCACAAUAAUCUUUUUUUUUUUUUCUUUUUCUUUGAAUGGAUGACUUCAACUAGUGGGCUCAGUAAUUCAGAUGUUUUGUCCAGCUGUGGGUGUAAUUCAAUGCUGUGACGCAGAAGACACUACCGAAGCACAAGAGACAGAGUUUUCCUUCCAUCCACACCCGAGCGGCUGCUCACAUUCUUCUCUCCACCCUCUCAGUCCUGCUUUCUGUCUCGCUCUGGCUCUCAAAACUCUCCCUCUCCUGCAUAUCUUGUUUUGAAGGGGGGAAAAAAGCACUUGUAACAAAGUUUCACAGAUAAUUCUUUAUGCUAUUUACAUUUGUGACUUUUUUUUUUUGUAUUAAGUUUGGCCAGGCUUCUGUCUCCUGAGUAUGAAGUAAUAUCUGAUGUGGAUUUUCAGUGGGAACUGGCUCAUAGCGAAUAUGUGUUCAAAAAAUCCCAGUGUUUUUAUCCUUUUUAAACUUUCUUUGGCGUGUUGCUCUACCCACAAGUCUGAUGUUUGCCUGCACGGUAGAUGGAAAUGUUACAAUUUAACUACUGAACCAAAUAGUCGAGGAGUUUUAUGAGCAUGCUGAGUUGAUCUGAGCAGAUUGUUCUCCAGAUGUUAAAGAGCAGUUUAAAACAAACCUCUGCCAAAUCCUCUUUGGUCUUUUCAUUUCUGAAAUGCUAUAAGAUUUGACAUGUUUAGCAUAAUUGCAGUGACAGCCAGGAAAUGUAGCUACAUAACUAACUGCAUUAUGCUUUUGUACAUAAAUGUAACCUUCAAAAGUGCCAUGUUCCCAUAAUAAUUUGACAACAAUAUACACAAAUUGAGACAGACUCAUGCAGCGAGGGACAUCUAGUGGUGAAAUUGUGCCUUUUUAAAUAAAUAAUUAAAAUACUUUUCACAAUGUUGCCUCUGAACAAAAUGCAGCCUGCCUUGUCAAAUGUAAAACAUCAGUAUUACAAUUUAGCCUCGUAGGUUCUACAAAUGUUUUAUAAUCACAUUUGUAAAACAUUACUAUAGCUAUUCAAAUUAAUUUGUAAAAACUCAUAAUGACCCAUUCAAAGAUUCGAGCAUGCUUUAUCACUCUUUCAAACAUGUACAAAAGCCACCGCAUUAGAUUUGCAUAUAAUUAAUAUUACAUCAUUAAUAGGAUUAUGAUCAUGCUGUGUGCUGAGCCUGUUAAUCUCUCCGUGUUGUUAACCAUGUUUAGCUACAAACCAUUUUUAAGUCUCAAUAAGUGAAACAUUUGAUGUGUUGCUGCAUUCAUGAUGGUGUUCAAACAACGCUGCCUUUUUUUCCAUUUUUUAUACACGCUUUAUGCACACUUGCCUUCUGUGUUAAAUGGCGCUAACAUGUAUGUAUUAUUAAAGUGUUAUUGCAUAAUGUUCCUCUAAACUUGCAAAUUACGUAAUGGUUUACGUAAAGUGUUCCUCUGUGAUUGUGUAUCGACCUAAAUAAAACCAAGAAUACAAA